AAGCCGAGUCAAGUGUAUGGACGGUAAGGCGUUCCCUGUCAACAACACUCUGGCUGAUAAUUCUUGCAUGAAUAAUAUAUACGUCUUGUAUCGAUCCGAGCUGCACGACGUUCUCCACUAGGUUACAGCUCCUUAUCAACACAACCCAGCGAAGGUACACCGGCUCACCAAAAUGGCGUUCGGCUGCUGUGGGAAGACCUUCACUUGUCUCUUCAUCUUCUUCAAUGUCAUAUUUGCGAUUGUCGGUUUAGCCACUGUUGGGUUCGGAAUCUUCCUCAAGGUUCACCCAUCAACUGCCAAGCUGCUGGACCUGGUGGAACUGGGCCAGGAGACAUCGGUGUAUCUCGCCAACAGCGCCUGGAUCAUCAUUGGCUUCGGUGCCCUGGUGUUGCUGGUCUGUUUCUGCGGAUGUGUCGGAGCUGCUUCCAAGAACAAGUGCAUGCUGGGAUUGUACAUCAUCUUUUCCAUCAUCAUCGUCAUCGGAGAAAUAGCAGCAUUUGUUGUGACUAUCUUGUUCGUUGUACGGUCUGAUGACGUAGACGCUUUCCAAGGCUACAUUGGGAAAACCUUGGCCAAAGAGUACCGACCCGGAAGAACCAAGUUCACACAACCCUGGGAUUACGUUCAGGCAACGUUCGAAUGCUGUGCUGUUUCCAACUACACUGACUAUGCUCCUGUCUACGUGAAUAAUACUAUGGAGAAGGUACCAGUUACCUGCUGUAAGUUGGGAGGAGAGAAAGAUCCGGAUGACCCAAUGCCAGUGAACAGACAAGCCUGCAUGAUAGACUCAAUGAGACCGGACCUGACGAAAAGUGACAAUCUUCACGUGAGGGGCUGCUUCCAGUUGUUGAGGGAAACGGUAAAGGAUUACAGCGUUGUACUUCUCAUUGUUGAGGCUGUCAUCAUUGCCAUCACAAUAAUUGGGAUCAUUAUUGCUGCGUGUAUCUGCAGAAGAGGAAAAGAAAAGGUCUGAUCUCUUCAAAUCACUUUCGAAGACACAAUGUUGUUGUGUUGACAGCAUCUCACACUAUGUAACAUACUGCGCCUGACCAAAAGUUAGUUGAGUGACGGGCCAACAGCUUCAUUGAAUUUGGUCCUGUCGUCAAAUAUCUCGAGGGAUGUUCCAUAAGUUUCCAAUCAUGAACAAGAAGCAAAAGUUUUCAGUUGAAUGAGGUACGAUGUGCUUACACGACACAUUGAUGUAGAAAUACUAGUAGUAUGAAAAAUUUCCAAUACAUGUAUAUUUCAGAAGAAUAGCUAUAGUUAAAUAAACUUCACCUGUGUUUGUUUCAUACUUUAAUGCAAACGACGUGCUAACUGCAGGUAUGUUCAUGACCAGAAACUAAAUUUAACUGAUAUUGCUGUGACAAUUGAAAUCCGACAUCACAAGUACUUUAUCGUAUAUUUCUUUUGUAUCUAGUGAACCUAUUCUCUUCAAGAAUACAUUUUUUAUAUUAGCGUCAGCCAAUUCUAUUUGUAGGCCCAAUUGUAUGUAUUUACAGAAAAACAUUUCUUGAACGACAGCCGAUUAUAUGCGAUUCGUUUAUGUAGAUGGUAUUUUAGUAACUUCACCAAGCCACUGAUUUCAAACUGUCAACACUUUAACUUAAUUCUAAUGGUACGUAAAAUAUAAUCAGCAUCACGUUAUCACAUUUCCAACAGAACAAUAAAUUCACACAUGUGUUCUUGUAUAUGUACUUGUGUGAAUCGUUUUGUGUUUUAUUGCUUGUUUUAUUUACAAUAUGCUGCAUCAAUUAUUUUACAGGUACAUUUGAACAUAAAUUCUAAUUUGUCUUUGACCUAAUGACGGGAAUGUUACAAUAUUUAUACAAAAUAUAUGUUUUGUGUUUUAUGCACAUUUGACUUUUACUUUAUCGUUUACUAUGCUGAAAAUACUCAUCAAUGAGAAGUUCCUGUGGAUUUUGUUACAUAAAGAUUGGUUGCUCAUUCCGUUUUUGCUGUAUUCCUUGUGUAUUGUAACUUAUGUUUAUUUUGAAAAAGAAUAAUAGUUUUGAUAUGAUUAAUAUCGUUAAAAACACGAAUCUUCGGUAGCUGGUACCUUGUACAUUAUAUAAUUGCAAAGCCAAACUAAUUUGAUCAAAUUCAAUGAAGUCGCAGAAAAUGUUUCCAAAGAACAACUUGAUUAUAUCAUUUCCUUACUAUGCAAAUGCUUUCGUCACACAGACGUUUUGUUGAACACGGCUUCGGGGAAUAGUUUAGAGCUCUAUUUCCUAUGUAUAACAUUUACGUACCGUUUAUAAAACACACGUGUAUAUAGUGUUUUUAUAUUUACAAUAAAAUAUGUUUCUUA